AUGGCUAUGUUCAUACGACCGAUAGCAACGUUCUUGACAUCAGUCUUGGGCCCAAAUGCCUAUACCACAGGUUCGGAGGCCUCCAGCCAAGCCUCAUCUUCAGAACUGGCUGAUUCACCAACUCAGGCUUGGUACGACGCCAGGCAGACUGCCUCUCCUUCUCCAAAAGGCUUGCGGAACGUACCGUCAGCUGCAGCUCGGGAAGACGACUUUUUGCAGGGUCGGAAGACGACGGAGUUGCAUGGAACGUCUACCAACAGAAAGACGCGGGAGCUGCAGGAGCCAUCAAAAUUUGUGGCUGCUUUGCAGCGAGCUGCAGAGCUGUGGAGCGUUCUUUGCGCAGUUGAUACCGAGGCGGACGACCUCGAACUCGAGACUAGACAGGAAAUUUCCGAGUUUGAUUUACAAACCGUAGAGUUCACGAGGCUUUCCGUGAAACGCGGCGGCGAAUUUUUGGACUUCAGGCUCAGAUCUCUCGCGCACGACAUCAAGACUAUGAAAGAUGAUCUUGAGGGUGGCGACAGUCGACUGGCAAGACUUCAUCGCGCGAGGACCAAGAAGACUCAGGUUGCAGCUGACCUGAAGGACAUCAUCUCACGGAUCCUGCAAGCUAGUCAACUCCAUAUCGACGCAAGUCGUAGCACAGGGUACAUCGGCAACCUCAAGGUCACCGUCGCAUUUUGCCAGAGAAUGAUCAAAGUUAGAGAAUGUGCAUACCAAUUGGAAGAGCUGAGGAUUCAACAGGAUGCCGCUCUGAGACAUUAUGCGAGUAUCUUGCGCCUCGCUGACGCUGCGAAGGCCGCCAAAAAUACGAGCGCUGACUCCCAGCAGCCAGUGCAAGGAGAUGGGCGAAGUAUCAAAGACAUCGAAGCAUCGAGAAUUGCAGCGAAAAGCGAGUUCGAGGCCAGCAAAUCUCUUUUAGAGAUUCGCAACGCCAAUCAACUAGACAGACGAGACAAAUGGCUGGGUAAUAUUUUCAUUUCGGCGCUUCGGGACAGCCAGCUGCUCAGCUCAAUGUGCAUGGGAGAUCUUUCACCGCUGAGACAGAACUUCGAACCUGCCAACACGCAGACCCAGAUAUAUCAUCCGCUCCAAGAAGAGUUCCUCGUGAGGAGAACAGAGUUGGAAAGACAUAUCAAUCGACUAGAGGAAUUCAAAAUGCAGCAUCAUCUGGAGCAUGUGAGGUGGCUUUACACGUAUAGAGAAUCGAACGAAGACGACUGGCAGGCUGAGACUCGGCGAAGAUAUGGAAAGCCAUAUGACGACUGGUGCGUUGACGGACAGUGUUACAUCGACGCGGCACGUCAGGAGCUGAACAACGCGAUGAACCGACUGGUCGAAGCGGGCAUUGUAGUCCCUCCAAGUCCUGCUUUUGAAGAAGAAGAAGAAAAUCCGCCUCCCAGCACCACCCUCCGACGACGAAUCCGAAAGCACCAACGUGGAGUUUCUCGAGGAGACCUUGAUCCCCUGCCAGCUACGCCCCCACCGAUUCCUACAGGAAGCUCCGUCCGCGACCUCCAGAGCAACGAUUCUCACGGUUUUCCAUUCAAGGACGUCAUAGAGGAGAUGAAGAAGAAGUGGCACCCACAACAACAGGAUUUACGCCUCCAAACGAUGAAGGAGCGGCGGAGGAAAGGACGAGAAGUGUGGGUAGGGAGAAUGAAGUACUCUAAAAGGGGCUGGAAUCUUAAAAGCCCAACGGCAGACAGGAACAAGGCCGCGUCUAAGACAUAUCCCCAUGAGUGA